AAAAACUCGGUGAGUUCGUGUCAAAGGCAUUACAAAUUCUUAAGACUGAAAAUUAUUAAUCGCAGGAUGAAUGAAUUUUGUAUUUAUUUACCUAAUUGUGGUAUGGCCGGUGAUCCGUUCUCUUUUUUUUAUUCUUAAUUAACCCUCUAUUCCGAUCAUUAAACACAAUCUUCAACAACUAAAAAGUCCAAAAAUAUACCAACUCCGCGCCUGUUGUAUUUCCCCUUCUAGAAUAUCUUUAAUUAUUUUAUUUUAUAUACAGCUUCAACCUUAUAAAUCUCACUGUGUCCACAUUCAUGUUCAUCAACUUGCUUCGUUUAUGCCGUAAGAAUUGCGAUGUUGAACAUGUUCGCAGUCCUCGCUCUGUCCCUAGCAUCUACGUUGACAUGCUUUGCGAUUGCAACCACUUCCAUUCCACAAGAGCUUCACAUAGGCUUCUCGGCAACUCCACAAUCUUCAACGUCGUCGUUUCAACCAGUUCUUAGCGACCCCAGCGGAAACUUCUCUCUGGGGUUCCUCCGCACGAACCUGAACCAGCUGGCACUAACUGUCAUCCACGUGGCAUCCUCAGAGCCAUUCUGGACGGCCAACUUAACUCACGUGGCAUCCUGGUCCGACACCACGCGCCUCUUCUUCAACGGGAGUCUCGUUUUGUCGGACCCCAAAACGCGUGUUUCGUGGUCAACCGCCACAAACGGUGACAGCGUGGUGCUCCUGGACACCUCCAACUUGCAGGUCCACGACAAAGGCACUCCCAUCUGGGAAAGUUUUCAUUUUCCCACAAAUACCCUCGUUCAGAGCCAGAACUUCACCGCUAAAAUGUCUUUGGUGUCUCCCAACCGUUUCUACUCUUUACAGCUAGGAAACAAUUUCAUGGGAUUGUACGAAAACCAAGGCGAGGAGCGGUUAAUGUAUUGGAAACACACGGCACUUGAAGCAAAAGCUGAAAUAGAAGAAGGGCAGGGACCGAUUUACGCCCGAGUCAACCCGGAGGGUUUUCUCGGGAUGUACCAAACGAGUAACGCACCCGUCGAUGUUCAGAAAUUUAACAGCUUCCAAACAACGUCGUCGUUUUUGUUCGUCCGGGUGGAACCGGACGGAAAUCUGAAAGGUUAUUAUUGGGACGGUUCUAACUGGCUGCUUAACUACCAGGCUAUUACUGAAACCUGCGGUUUGCCCAAUCCCUGCGGUUCGUACGGUUUGUGCACGCCGGGCGGGUCUGGAUGUUCUUGUUUGGAAAACCGAACCCGUUUUGAAGCUGGUGGGUGUUUGGAUAGAGGUGAUGUUGGGGGAGACUUGUGUGGAGAAGAAGGGAUUGGUGGAAGUGGUUACUGGGAACUGAGGAAGAGUGGGGUGGAGCCACCGCAUAAGGAGCUACUGGGGCACGUGACGACGUCGUCCCUGGCGGAAUGCGAGGGUUUGUGCCAGAAAAAUUGUAGCUGUUGGGGAGCGUUGUAUAGCAACGACACCGGGUUUUGUUAUGUUUUGGACAAUCCGAUCCAGACCAUGUUGGGUACCGGGGAUGAGUCAAAGGUGGGUUAUUUUAAGGUUAGGAAAGGGGAACGGGGAAGGAAUCGGGUUCGGGUCGGGGUUGUGGUUGCGGUUAUGGUUAUGGUUAUGGUUAUGGUUGUGGUUAUGGUUGUUGGGGUUGGGUUAUGGGUGAUGAGGUGGAAAAGGAGGAGAGGGACGGCGAAUGAGGAGGAUUGGGCCUCGCCCGGCCCGUAUAAGAAUCUGGGGUCUGCUAGUUUUAGAUCGAUCGAAAUGUGCACAAAGGAAUAGAGAAUGACGGAAGGGGUGACGCAUGCACAUAGUUGACAUUGAUGUUUUGAGGUAGUGGGGGUGGGGCCCAUCUAAUCUAAUCUUUGUUUUUGUGUAUUGCACUGCACAUUCAUUCACCUUCCCACUCUCCUCCCCUGUUGGAGUUGCUCGAGAAGCCAGUGGCUGUUUGGAGAGCUGAAUGAAAAGGAAACCAAAGAUCGCUACACUAUUAAUAUUUUGAGCAUCCUCAAUUCAAUCAACAUCAGAGACUCAACUUUAACUAUAUUAUUUCUUCUCUAAUUUCACUGUCGCCUUGCGUUUUUUAUAUUGCUAUUUGCAUCCAACCCCAUUUCACUAUAACUCACAGUGCAUUUGUUAGUUUAAAACUUUAUAAUUUCUUCCCCCCAUUGAUUGCAAAUUAGUCAUUCUUUCAAGCACUUACUUUUGACCAUUAAAAAAACAAUGUUUUGUAAUUGGACUUGUAUAUAAUAUCAU